GCUCCUCACCACGCCGGUGUACUCGGAAGAGGAAGGCAAAGAAAAAGGUCGUCUGCAUCUUUGGUUGACCGACAAUUCCCGCGUGCACGAUGUCGGACCGGUGUCCGCUGCCGGUGAUGACGCCGCUGCCAGUUCCCUGCUGUACAGAAGCGGUGCGCCGGAGGAGGAGUUGAUACUACUGUACGAGAAGAAGAAUGGAGACUCUUACGGCCUCGUAUCUCUGAGCCUGGCAAAGCAGCUGGAGCAAAUCAAGUCCGUGGUGCAGAGUUGGACUGCAUUGGACACCGCCUUGCAAGGCUGCGAUACCAGCGGAGACCUCGACCCACGGGAGACGGGCUUGUGCAACGGCCCUGUUCCCACCAAAGGGCUGGUGGGCCUUUUGUCCAACACACUGGCCGGGACUGCGUGGGUGGACGAGUACCGCGGCGUGAACGCAACGAUGAAAGGUGGGGCGGCGACAAGCGAGAAGGGAGGUGUGACGUUCAGCGGCGCCGGAGCGGGGGCGGAGUGGCCCGUGGGAAGCAGGGGGCAGAACCAGCCGUACUACUUUGCGAACAACGGGUUCACGCUUGUGGCGUCGGUGAUGAUCCACACGGUGCCGGAGGAGGACACGCCUUUGCUGGGCGUGAGGAUGAAUGACGCAGCGAGCACCGUCCUCCUGGGUGUGACGUACACGCAGGACAAGAAGUGGAAAGUGACGGUCGGCGGUGAUAUCCGGGAGUUGUCGGAAGAAGAUGCAACGUGGGAGACAGAGAAAACGUAUCAGGUGGCACUGCAAAUGGGUACUGGCGAUGAGUUGUUUGUGUACGUUGACGGGGACGAGGUAUACGACGGCGAAGACUCCGCAGUGGCGGUGGGGAAACUCUUCACUCCGCACAGGAUCUCGCACUUCUACUUCGGCGACGGCAGUGCGGCCGCGGGCACAAGCGCCGGUCCCCACGUGACGGUGGCCAAUACCUUGCUGUACAAUGAAGCGCUCACUGGUGAAGAGAUCCGAAAGCUCGCAGGGAGCAAAGUGGCUCUUGGAGGACCAUCUGCCGGGAAAGAAAGCCGCGAGCUGCAGGCGGCUCCUUCGGUGCCCACCUCUGAGGGUGGGGAGCCUGUUCCCGAAGUGGGGCCGGAAGGCGGCGGCGGUGAGCAGCAAACGGAGGACGGCGGGGGCACGGAGGGCCCGCAGGAAAAAAAUGGCGGUUCUGCUGGUGGGCCGCCGCAUGCGGCCGGACCCCCGACAGUUGAGGGCGAACAGUCACACGAAGCGGAAGCGGAAUCUGCUGGGGAUCCAGCACUGCAGGAGGACGUUGUGGAAGCGCUGGGCCCGGGAGCUGCGCCGCCGAGCAGCGAAGUGGAAGUUGCUUCAGAGCCCGCUGGGGACCUCCCCCUCAGCCCCCCCAGAGGACCAACACCACGAAGAAGAAGGAGAGGAAGAGGAAGAGGAAGAGAAAGCGCCGCCUCAGUUAUCGCAGGAGGCUGGCAAAGGGGCAGGCGACGCGUCAACACCUCCUAA